AUGCCGAGUAGACGGAAGGAGUCGAGAAUGGUGAGGGAGCUGCGUCCGACGUAUGAACCACUGCAACGGCUUCGUUCGCGACAAAUUCUGAGGUGGAAUAAGGAAGUGAGGAAACGGAGGCAGUGGAAAAAUUGCAGCGACGAAAAGGGGGAAAUACCAAAGGAUGAUAAAGGGAUGCGGGCUCCAGACGAUGAAAAAAUGGCUUCCCCAGAAGAGGAGUACAUAUUGCUAGACGAUAGCGAAAUGCCGAAGAACGACGAAAAGGAAGAGUGGGGGCGAAGGAAGUACCGAAGGAUGAUGCGAGCAAGAACGGUCAGGAGGAUGAACAGGCGGAAACAAAGAAAUGAGGAACUUAAACUAGAGCAUAAGAGAGCUAAACAGAAAUACUAUGAUAUUUCCAAGAUGAAAAAACAAACACAAGUAAGAACAAGUAGGAAGGCAGUUUUUUGGAUGCACAAAUCGUUCAAGGUUAUGGUGGGGAGGCAUAUUCGUUCUCAGUAUGGCAUAUGGAGUAAGGACAUGUGGGCUCUUUAUGAGGAUCAUAUGAUGGGGGAGAAUAAGAAGGAAGGGGAACACAACUAUGGUGCCCCGAAUAAGGUGAUCGAUGAAAAGAUUACUCAGGGUGAAUGUAUCCAGGACGUGAUUAACGAGGGGGAAGACAUACGAGAUUCCUCAGCCGGGGUGACCCCUGGAGGUGGCGACGCCAUCAAGGGGAAACGGUUGCGUUGUACUCCUGCUGAUGAUUUUCUUAGGGGUGACACACCUGCUGGAGAUAACCCCCUGCAUGAUGAGCUGACCCAAGAAUCUGCCUCGCUCAAGAAGGCUUUAAAAGACGUCGCAUACCUGGACACCCCUUCGUUGGGAACAGAAUCGGUAGAUAUCAGUUUGAAAUGUACCUCUUUCCGAGAUCCAUCUGUAAAGGCUCCCUCAGAGAAACGCUCCUCAGCCAGUAUCCUCCCCGCGAGCAGCUCCUCCACCAGGAGCACCUCAUCACGCUUCGGAUCUCCCAAUGUUGCUGCCUCUGACAGCACACCAAGGGAGGAGAAGAAAAUCGGUCCAACAGAUCCUAGCGGUGAAAAAAAAUAUAUCGAGAAGGGGAGAAGUGGCUUUCCCCAAGUCGGCCAGCUGUACGAGAAGGAUGAUGUACUGAUGAGCGUCCACGUGGAGAGAGCAGCGGAGGGAGACGCCCCCAUGUUGGGGAAUUUCUCUUCUCAAGAGCAUUACCAAAGAAGAGAGGACAACUCCUGCGGCAGAGCUCAAAGAGAAAGCGUCAUAUCGAUUCCUAACAAUGUGAUAGCUGAUGAGAAGAAGGCGAGUGCGGUCAUUUCGAGCAAGCAUGCAGGGAAUAGCGGCAGCAGGAAGAAGAAUGGGGGCGCCGCUGAUGGUGAUGGAGGCGAUGGUGACAAUCCUGAUGACCGCGAUGACGGUGAUGACAGUGGGAAAAAAAGCAAUAACCACGCUAAGAAAAAAGAAAGGAAAAAAAUCUCCCUGUUCGGUCAGGUAAAACCAGUAGACAUAAUCAACCGGGGGGUAGACGGUUACCCCAUUUUACGUAACCAGGAGAACCUGUAUGUGGAUGUCCUGAUCAUCGGCUCGGGAAUCUCUGGACUGGCUGCCUCCUACUACCUAAACAAAUGUAAUGCAGAUAUAUUAGUCAUUGAAGGAAGGAACCGAAUUGGAGGAAGAGCCUAUUCCACCAUUCUGCCAGAGAGAAUAAUAAAUAACAACGUGCUCCCCGAAACGGUGGUAGAUUUAGGUGCUAAUUAUUUGCACUGUUGCGAAAAUGCGGAUAUACCAAAGGACCAUAACAUGCAUUCAAAUCAGGGGGGUGAAACACACGAACAGAACUACUGCACAAAGAAGGAGACACUCUCCAUGGGUACAGAUAAAGCAACAAAUGGGAAGAGUAAAAAAGCAAGGAGAAAAAUGUAUUAUAGGAGAAAUAACAAAAGGGUGAAAGUUAAAGUUCCACCUGAUGAGAAGAAAGAGGUCGAUCCUCUGGACCCCAGUAAAAUGGACGAAAUGGAAAAACGGUUAUCAAAUAAUGUUAACCUGUUUAAGCAGAAGUAUUCCCAGUUGAUGGAACGGUUUGGAAAAAUCUCCCCGCAUAGUGAAUGCCACCAGCAAGGCAGAGAUGGCAUAGGAGAGAGGCACUCCCCCCAACAAAGUGGAAACAAUCCCCCGGCGAGAUGCACUUACCACUCAUACAGCGAUGGUAACUACUUCCAAACGAGGAAGCAAAAAAAGGAAAAGAAAAAAAAAAUCAGAAAAAAUAUUCUCUUCAUGGUGAAGUACAACGUUGAUAAUAUAUGUCACCUGUAUAGCUACGUAUACAAACAGAAGGGAUGGGAAAAAACGAGAAAAGAUUUGUUAAACUUUUUAAAAGACAUGGAUGAAAAUGUAUGUCUGCAUAUGUACCUGAGUGACGGCUGCCUCAGUGGCGAUUCUUCUUCUACCUACUCCUCCUGCGGAGACCAACACCGUCCGUCCUCUAAUGCACCGCAGAAAUGCUCCAAAAGUGAACAUAAAAAAUUAAAAAUACUCUCCGUCAGUAAGGAUAGAAGAAGGAGGAGAGGCUAUGACAAGUCCGUUACUCAACUGGCGAAUAAAUUAAAACCGAAGAUAUCGUUGGUGUGUGGAAAGGACAACUGGGAAUCCACCUUCUAUGCCUAUUGGUACAAUAACGAAAAUGGGAGACAAAUUAAGAGCUUUAAAAUAUAUAGGAUGAAUUUACUGUGUGAUAAAAUUAGGGUUAGAGCUGCCAGGAAGAUUAGAACAUCCCUGUUUAUAAAUAAUAAAAUGCACGAUACGACUGUCGAUAAUUAUCCCUCCUGUAUGGACUCCCCUGGGGGGGUAACCCACCAUUUGGGAAAGGACAGUGACUACCAUUCCGUCUCCGUGCAGGCCCAAAAAGGGGCACAAGAUGGGUGUGAAGCAAAGGGGAAGCAGCAGCCAUCAGGGUUAGAGCCGUCUUGUGCGCCAAACAAUGGGGAGAAGCAGAAUGCCCAAGAAAGGAACAUGGCGGAGGAACAAACAGCGAAGCGAAUGAGAGUGAUGGGCGAUUCCCGCUCGAAGAAGAAAAUCACAUGGACAGGUAGCGGUGUAGACAACUAUGACAAGGAUUCAAUCAUUUAUGAAAACUACUACGACUACGGGGAGGAGUACUAUCGAAUUGUGAAAAAAGCAUCCCAAUCAACCGCGCAAAGCCCUAAGAAGGAUAUAGGCAGAACAUUUCUCUUUAAGGAAGGCAGACAAAGGAGAAGCAUGUGGGAUCUAUUAAUCGAAUGCACACAAGAGAUUCUCGAAGAGAUGAAUAUACACCAGGAUAACUUCUCCCUGGAAGAGUGGAAAAUAUUAAUGGUUAUGCUACAGUCCAGGUAUGGCUAUGGAAGUGAUUUAAGGGAGACAUCCAUAGCCAUGUGUAGACUUCCAUUUUCCACCUACAUGGAUAUUGACGUAUGUCCGAACUAUGGCACCGAUGAUUACAUUUUAAAGAAUUUUAAAUAUUACAAUAAAAUUAGAAAAUGUGAGCAGAUGCCUCAGGUGACCAGUUUUAAGGAUACCACUAGUGCUGAUCAGAUAGUCCUGGACGGCUGGAAGUGGCUCAUAAAUUUUUUGUCUGAAGAUGUACAGAACAGAAUUCUUCUCAAUACAGUGGCUGAAGUGGUUCACGUAAAGGAGGAUCAUACAUUUUGGGGUAGCAACUACAACCUUGGUAAUGAUGCCUCUGAUCAGCAGGGUGAUCAUCUAUUGGUUAACACAGAGGGGGAGUUCCCUUCAGGUGGGGGUCCCCAGGAUGGGAACUACCAACAUGGUGAGGGCGCACCCCAGGAUGGGAAGGGAAUACACUUUGCCCACAAUGGACAGCACACUGGGGAAGAAACACGUCCAAACCUUGGAGUUCUUCGAAAUCGAUGCCAGCCAGCGGAAAAGCAAAAAAACUACAACGUCAUGGUGCAGUGCAAAAGCUACGAUACGUCGAAGAAGCAAAUCAACAAUCAUUUCCAUGGCACAUCGAAUCUCACCAAUUGCAACUAUGCCAAAGUGAACAUCUUUGCCAAGUAUGUAAUUGUUGCCUUGCCACUUGGAUGCUUAACAAAUAAUGACAAAAAAAAAAAAAAAAAAAAAUCGUAUUUGCAAUUUGAACCGAAAUUACACCCACUGAAAGUUAGAGCAUUGAAUAACUACAGAAUGGGAAACCACAAUAAAAUAAUUUUACGAUUUUAUCCAUUCGAUUUUGACUGGCCAUUUGAUAGCUUACAGCUAAACUGUAUUGACCAAAAAUUUCAGUUCCUCAAUUUGCAUGCCUAUGGAAAAAUUGGCUGCAUUUUAGUGCACUGUUUCCCCCCCUGGUCAUGCACCUAUGGGUAUAUUAAAAAGGAGCAUUACAUAGUAAACGAGUGUUUGUAUACUUUGCAUAAAAUGUUCGAGAAUACUGGAAAGAAACUACCUAUCCUCGUUGAUUAUUUAAUUACCAAAUGGCAGGAUGAUAAUUUUUCCUUUGGUUCGUAUGCCUAUCCAUAUGUCAACUGCACUGAUAAUGAUUUAAUUUACUUGAGGGCUCCGCAUCCGAUUGAUAAUCCCAAGGUCGUCUUCUGUGGGGAGUACUUGUCUAAGAGUUAUUUCCAGUGUGUAGACGGAGCUUAUGACACUGGCAUACGGGCAGCUGAAGACAUUGCACACAUUGGAUUGAAGUUAGGAAGCACCGACACGGAACGAUACAAUACGGAUGUUUUUUUCUUCCCACAAGAUACCUGCCCGUUUACCAACAUACCUUUGCCCAAGAUAAAAAAUAAUUUGCUUGGCUUUUACAUAACCGAUGGAAGUGAUGAAGCGCUCACUGAUUAUGAAAGCUCUUCGGAGGACGACAAUGCUGCGAACAUUUCUAACAUUCCUUUGUCUCUCCUCAAGGGGGAACACGACUUCUUGUCCUACUCGCUAAAAAAUAUUCUGAAAUUUUUCGACCAUCUGAAGGGUGGUGCCAUUUGCAAAUCUAAUGAUGGGAAUAAAAUGGGAGGAGGAGCGAGGGAGAACCACGGUACCGUAGAGGAGGGUGGCAUAACUGUAGGGGGAACCCGCACAGUUAUGCUUAAGCGCAAAAUGGAUUCCCCACCAGGGGAUGGAGACUUCGCCGAGGAUUUACCCCUCAAAUGGCCAGUCUCUUGGCCAGCCAAUUUCACUCCAGGAAAUUGCUUAACUAGCUCACGCAUCCCCCGGCCACAUGUGCUAUACACACACGAAAGGAGCGAACACUGCACAACUCUCAGCAACUACGACGAGUUCAGCUUAUACGUGGACAAAUACAUAAUCAAACUUAACGACGUGAUUUUCCACAAUUACAACCAAACUGAAUUAAAUUCGAUAAAAGAAAAAAACAUAGCGCCUGUUUUUUUAAAAUCAAAAUUUAUGCUUUCUCAAUAUUUAUCAUCCGUGUUGAGCAAGUAUCACCACUUUAGACAUUUUAUCCAGAGGUUGCUAUUUGCUAAAAUUGAAGCGGCAAAGGAUGUACUUAUGGACCAUUUCGAAUGGAGCAACAAUUUGCCAAGUGCUGGUUCGGGCUUCCCCUUUUUAAAAGAAGAAAUAACUGAUCAGCGGAAUGCUCAAAUGAGUGAAGAAAAAAAAUGGGAAAUUGUAAAAAGUCGUAUUUUUCCCGAAGAGACAAGCUGCUGGACGUACAGUGGCUAUAAACCUCCAAGUUGUGGAGCACAUGAUGAGAUAUUUUCCCACAACGUGUCGUCUUAUACUCGAGGGGGGAUACAAAUUGAUGAAGACAACCUGAACGGUUCAGGCAAAAAAGAAGAAAAAAUAACCGAGGAGCAUAAAAUAUACGAAAAAAAUAUGAACAGUUCAGAGAAAAAAAACGAAAAAGAAAGUGCACACAUACAGCUAGCUACAAUGAGAAAAGAGAAAAUAAAUCACAUACAUGCUCAGAAUAGGAAAAUAAGCGAACUGAACAUAUUCAUGAAAUAUUUCUUAAGUCAAAAGUUCACAUCAAGCAAAAGUGUAGAGGAAAAUAUCACCUACAUAAAUAAAUAUCAAAAAAUUAAAUUAAACUGUACAGGAUUUAUUUUUUUUUUUUGUUAUCUUUUGAAAUAUAUAAUAAAAGAAACAAAAUAUGAUACUCACCAUUAUUUUGUUGACUCGAGUGUAAUCAUUCAGUUGUUGUGCGACUACAUAUACCACUUGAUAUUUUACAAACACGACGUUUUGUGUUAUAAGUGCGUGAAUGGAGGCGAAUUAAUCAUGUGUGAUUUUUUUGGUUGCACUUACGGAUGGCAUUCUUACUGCUUAUGCUCGAAAGGGGCAGCAGAAGAGGAGAAGUCGGACCGUAAGUGGAUCUGUCCAAGCUGCCUCAGUACAAAGUUGUUCCACAUAUUUAAGCGGGGCUGCUAUAACCAAAAUGAAAUCAUACAGAAUUACUGGAAGAGAAGAGUUUACAUUUACAAAAUAAAGUUCUUUCUCUCGAGAACACGUCGGAUAAGGCGACGAUUAGACCUGUUGCAAAUGGAGUUCUCCAAAAGGAUGAACUAA